AUGCCCAAACGGAGUGGUGGUUAUAGAAAGAAAAGGCGCACGCAGCCGCCACAGUCGACGGAGCCUUCGGAGUCAGAGGCGAAACCUCCGCAGUCGUUUGUUUUCCGUCGAGGGCCUGCGAGUCCAGAGGUGCGAGCCCUCUUGCUUGAUCUUCGACGAGUCUUGUUACCGAAUACAGCGCCUCGGCUCCGAGAGGGUGAUCGAUCCGAUCUCAAGGAUCUGCUGGACGUUGCUGGACCGCUUGGGGUCACCCAUUUCGUCAUGUUCCGCGAGAGUCGCCUCGGUUUCGUGAAUGUACGUUUCGCACGAACGCCCCGCGGACCCACCGUCACUUUUCGUCUCGAACGCUUCUCGCUGAGUUCGGACGUGCACCGAGCGCAGCGCAGACCGCUUACGUUGAAGCACACGGACUUUGAACAGGCACCUUUGUUGAUACUGAGCAACUUGGACACCGACACGCCAAAUACGCAGCUGCUCGUCACGAUGUUCCGCAACCUCUUGCCGCCUUUGGACGUCAAGAACAUUCGCUUGGAACAGGAUGUGAAACGAGUCCUCUUACUUGACUGGAAUGCGACGACGGAGGAGCUCGAAUGGCGACAUUAUGGUAUUCGGAUACGACCGCAGGGGGUGUCGAGGACUAUUCGACGCGUCAUUGAACGGCGGGGGAGACGUGCGGGAGCGCUCGGCGCUGGACACCUGCACGAUGUUAGUGAGCUGGCGGAUCCAUCACUUGCAGCGACGCUGCUUACCUCGGAAAGCGAGGCAGAGGGACCGUCUGAGUUCCAGUUUGAGCGAUGGAUGCCGCCCCCGAAUCCAGAACCUAGCGCGAUAAGCGCUGGUGUUGGUACUGCGGUAUCCGGUGCCCGGAAGCGUACCACGGGUUCAGGGAGGUCGCGGAUGUCAGCAGCGAGCUACGCGCCCCGAGCUGCAGUGCGUCUCAUCGAGGUAGGUCCGCGGAUGACCAUGCGCUUGUUGAAAAUUGAAGAGGGGCUCUCCAGCGGGACAGUCCUCUACCGCGCAGCCUCCUUUAGCGCACGCGAUGGUGCGCAACUCUGA